UGAAAACGAAAAGGAAGAAGAGUGUUUUGUCAACAGAUAAAAUCAUUGUAUAUUUGAAUAUGGAGGACGACGAGUGUUUUAUCCAAAAUUUAAUAGAGAGUGUGGAAAAAUAUAAAUGUUUGUACGAGAAAAAAAAUGCCUUUUAUUUCAAUCGCGUAAAUAAAGACAAAGCGUGGAAAGCAAUCGCAGAACUAUGCGGUAAAAGUGAUCUAGAAUGCAAACAUAGAUGGAAGCUACUCCGGGAGCGCUUCUGUAAAGAAAUAAAAAGGUUAGAAGCUCCAUCAGGUAGCGGAAUGAGCUACUUAGAGGAAUGGCGUUUUUUAAAACCCAUGAUGUUUCUAAAAGACUCCGUCACACCGCGUCGCACUCGUGAUAAUGCAGAAGCAAAUGCAGACUCUAUCUUGGAUUCAUCUACGUGUGAUAGUGUAAAUGAAAUUUCAUCGCCACCUCCGAAGAAACAAAAAAGUCUCUCCCUUGAAAGUCUCUACCAGAAACUUGGCGCAACAAUGGAGAACAUAGAAAAGCAGAUAGCGGCGCCGGCUGAAAGAAGUGAAACUGAUGAGGCCUUUAUGACGACGUUUUUGUGUCUGAUGCAAGACCUGCCAGUGUCGGUCAAAGACAGUUUCCAAGAAAAAAUGAUAUCAGAAUUAUAUCGCUUACGCCGCGAAAAUAGGCAAAAAUGA